GGAGUAAUUUCUAAAGCUCUCUGUAGAUGACAUGGAUAUAACGACAGGUGACGAUGAGGAUAAGCAUAAAAAGAAGAAGCUGAUAAAAGACAAAAAAGAAAAGAAAGACAAAGGUUAUAAACCAUUUGAAGAAGAGCAUAGCGAAGAAGAAACCCUUGUACAAGGUGCUGAUGAGGGAAGGAGUCCAGUGAAAGUGAAAAAGUCAAGUAAAAGUUUUAAAUUUCCGUCAAGAGAUUUCUUUAAGCCCGAGAAGAAAAGGGAUAAGGAUAAAGAUAAGGAUAAAGAGAAGGAAAAAGAUGAUCUUAGUAGUAAAGAAAAAAAGAAAUUAAAAAGGCGGAAACGUCAUGCGCAUAAUUCAGACCGAAAGAAGGAAAAAGAAUCACAAACUCCUAUGUUUGGUAUAUCUUUAAUAACUGCAAUUGAAAGGAGUAAUAACUACGAUGGCAUACAUUUGCCGUUAAUUGUUAGAAAUUGUAUAGAUUAUAUAGAAGAAUUCGGCCUAACCUGCGAAGGAAUUUAUCGUAUAUCGGGCGUUAAAUCUAAAGUACAGGCUCUUAGAGAAAUGUAUAAUCGGGGGGAGACUGUAUGCUUAAAAGAGUACGACCCUCAUACGGUUGCGUCAUUAUUUAAGCUGUUUCUUCGAGAAUUACCAGAACCCUUACUUACGAAACAAUUAAAUUCCCAAUUCGAGGAAGCUUCAAAAAUUAAAAAUAUAACAGCAAAAUUAGAAGAAUUUGAAAAAUUAAUGAAAUUAUUACCUUCACCUAAUUAUCUUCUCAUGUCUUGGGUUAUAGUGCAUUUAUCGCAUGUUAUCGAAUACAGAAAAGAAAAUAAAAUGUCUCUACAGAACGUAGCAAUAGUACUUAGUCCUACAGUACGUGCAACCCAUAGUGUAUUAAACACUCUAUUUCAAAAUUCCAAGCAUUUUUUUCAUCAUGUUUCUCUUAAAAGAUACGCCGCUCCUUUGAAACCAGUUGGCUCUAAAUGGUCUCUUGAAUUACCAGAUAAUUCUGAAGCUUUACAAGAGGAAUUAUCUAAACAGGAAUCUCGAUUGUCGUUUUUACACCAAAGAUUAAUUAUUUGUCGAGAAAUUGAAUUGGAAGAGGAAUUAUGGGAAGUUCAACGAGUAAUUACUCAACUAAAAAGGAAGUUGAAGCAAAUUCUCAAACUCAAAGAAAUUACGCCUGCAGAAGUCACUAAUUUAACUCCUGUUGAAAGACAUUCAACCAAAACUACACCUGAAGUAAAUCUCAAAUCGACCCCAAACUUAAAUAUGAAACAUGAUAGGUCGUUAAAAGAAUUAACCGAACAGCCAAAAAAAGCCACUCCCGAUGCACAUAGAAAACGACUGUCCGCUGAAGAAAAAGAAAAUGCUCCACCAGAUCAAGUUGAGAAUGAUCAGCAAGUAAAUUCGAUUGAAAAAGGCGAAGCUGUCGUUGUGAUGGAGGAAAUAGCAAAUGCGAAUGAAGUUGAACGUUUCGUAGAAGUACCCAAUGAUUCUAUAUCGCUGGAGGACGAAGAAGGUAGUGAUUCGCUAGAGGCUCGCGAAAUUAAGAUGAUUAAUGAACGUAAUCAAGAAUUUUAUGAGAGCGAAGAGGAGAAAGUGGAGGAAAAUGAUGUCGACGACGACGAUGAUGAUGAUGAUGAUGAUGACCUUGUCAUAUCAACUGAAUGUAGUUCUGAAACAGUUGUAACUAGUUCAGACGAUGAGAUUGUAGAAGGAGAUGAUAUGAGUGCAUCUAAAUAUGAAGAAUUGCUAGUCAUACACCAAAAAGCUGUUCUGGAGGAGGAAGAAUUGAUAGCAAUACGUAAGUAGAUAUUUAUUAUGAUUUUAAUUAAAUUCGUUUUGGCUUUUAGGUGACGAACUGAGACAAAAAAUCGAUACAGAACAGUUGGAAAUUGAAAAGUUACACCAAGAAAUAAGCGAUAUGAAAGCUAUUAAUGAAGAAUUAUAUUGUACUGAAUCGUCAGAUUCCGAUAGUGACGAUGAAGAUCUUAAUGAUUUAAUUCUCCACUUGCAAAAUAUAACAAAAAGCAAUGAAAACGAAGAGUUUAAGAGUAAAGACUUAUGUGACAAAAUUCAUCAAGAAAGGCAAGCAUGCCUAAAUGUUAAAGUUGAAAUUCGUCUCAUUCAACAAGCCAAUCAGGAUAAUUCAUUUUCAAGUGAUAGUCCAAAAUUUACUUGAAAGUCCUUAAUAAUCAUAUAUAUUUAUAUAUAUAUAUAUGAUGUAGUUUAAAAGAAAUAAUAUUUAUUUCAUUAAAUCAUCAAAUAAGUUUGAAAAAAAUCUCUGUUUGGGCAACAAUAUUUUAUUGUUUAAUUAUAAAAAAUUCCUCUAGUCUAGAAAUCACAGUUUCUGGAUAUUGUGAUUGGGUACAACGACAAGGUUAAUUGUUUCAUUUUAAAUUAUUAAAAAGAAAACAAUAAGAAAAACUUUUUCUUUCUCUCUCUCUCUCUCUCUCUCUC